AUGGAAAAUAUGCAAGAUCCGAUGGAAAUGGAAAAUGAAGAAGAUAUGGAUCCAUCAGAAUAUGCUCGAUUACAAGAAGAAUAUGAAGAAAAACUAGAUGAAUUUAUGCGUAAACAUUUACGUCGGAUAUGGCCUGUAUGUGUAGUACGUUUACUUGGUAUUUUUCAAUUAUUAGUUACUUUGAUUAUACUUGGUGUUGAUUUACCAAUAAUUCUUAUGUUUGCACCACGGUGGCAAGUUUUUGCUGGAUGUUGGGCAUCUGUACUUGGAUUUAUCGCUUCUGUCAGCACAAUCCAUUCAUCUCGACAAAUGACUUGGUCAAAACUUAAAUGGGCUGCAGGACUUAAUAUAUUAGGUGGAUUAGCUAUAGCUCUCAUGAUAGCAUUUGAUAUACUUUAUUUGGUAAAUUCAAAAGUUUGUAUUGUUAUCAGUGGUUGUAAUUAUUUAUCGUAUACAUAUUCAGCCGUUAGGCCAUAUUAUACAGUCGAAGUUGUUAUGGGUGUUUUGUUUCUUUUAUCAGGUUUCGUAUUUCUUGUUCUUUUUAUUAAACAUGGUAUUGGGGGUUCAACACUUUUUGAAAAUAUUCAAAGAGGAUGGGCACCACCUAUUUAUAAACCUAUAGAACCACCUAAUAGUACUAUGCCAAUGCCACAAAAUCCAAUGGCAAGACCUGGAAUGAUGAUGCCUCCACCGCCACCUGGUUCUAUGCCAAUGCCACAAAAUCCAAUGGCAAGGCCAGGAAUGAUGAUGAGACCACCACCACCUGGUUCUACGCCAAUGCCACAAAAUCCAAUGGCAAGACCUGGAAUGAUGAUGCCUCCACUGCCACCUGGUUCUAUGCCAAUGCCACAAAAUUCAAUGCCAAGGCCCGCAAUGAUGAUGAGACCACCACCACCACCUGGUUCUAUGCCACCAUAUCAAGCACCAAUUCCUGGAGCAAUGAUGCCCAGACCUGGUAUGCCAAUGAUGAUGUCUGGUGCAAGAUAUCCUCCCAUGCAAGAACAUUAUAGACAACCAGGUCCAUAUGCAGCUCUACCGCGUCCUUAUCUAGCUUGA